UAUUAAUUAUUAAUUGUUCUCUCGAAGUUCAGUUGAAGUGUUUCAAAAAAAAAAUUAUGUUAGAGAUAAAUGAUAAUGAAAUUCAUGCGAUUGGUAGUGUUUUAAACGACAAUAGUCGACCACUAAAAGAAAGAUUUCGUGCAUUAUUUACUUUAAAAAAUAUUGGAGGCGCUAAAGCCAUUGAACUGAUUCACAUGUGCUUCAAAGAUGAUUCUGCUCUAUUAAAACAUGAACUUGCAUAUUGUCUUGGUCAAAUGCAAGAUUCUUCUGCUGUAUCUAUUCUUGUAAAGGUAUUAGAAGAUGUCACUCAAGAACCAAUGGUUCGUCACGAAGCUGGUGAAGCAUUAGGUGCAAUUGGAGAUGUUAAUGUAAUACCAGUUUUAAAAAGAUAUAGCGAAGACAAUGUACCAGAAGUGGCAGAAACUUGUCAGUUAGCAUUACGUCGAUUGCAGUGGUUAAAAUCAAAUGACCCUUUAACAACUUCACAAAACAGUCCAUAUAUGUCAGUAGAUCCAGCUCCACCAACAGAAAUUCGGGACGUGAAGAAGUUGAAGGAUAUUCUGUUAAAUGAAGACAUUCCUUUAUUUGAACGAUAUAGAGCAAUGUUUUCUUUAAGAAAUAUACAUACACCAGAAAGUAUUCUUGCACUUUGUGAAGGUUUAAAAGCUGGUAGUGCUUUAUUCAGACAUGAGGUAGCCUUUGUACUUGGACAGAUUCAGGAGGAAAUUACAGUACCAUAUUUGCAAUCUUCUCUAGAAAAUGAGAAGGAAAAUGAAAUGGUACGGCAUGAAUGUGCAGAGGCAUUAGGUUCCAUUGCAACUCCUGAGUGUUUUAAUAUUUUAAAGAAAUAUUUGGAUGACAAUAAAAGGGUUGUACGUGAAAGCUGUAUAAUUGCAUUAGACAUGUGCGAGUAUACGAACAGUUCUGAGUUUCAAUAUGCAGAUACAUUACAGAAAGUUGCUGUUUAA